AUGUGUCGGAAAAAAAAUAAUAAAAUUAUUUUUCUGUUUUUCUUUAAUAGCGAAUCGAAUUCGAGAUCGGUUGCCAUGGUGAUGGCGAAAGCGGGAAGUAUGGAGGCGACGCAGGAAGUUAGCGCUCCUCAGCCUGGCGCUCAAAUGGCGAAAUGCGGCGGUCCUGGGCUGGUUGACCUUUCCAGGCAAGGUCUUUCCAAACUGGAGCCUGACUUCUGUUCACCAGACACCCAGACACUCAUCUUAGACCAGAACCAGAUCAUUAAGCUGGAACAUCUGGAGAAGAAUGCAGCAGUGCAGCAGUUGUCUGUUGCCUGUAAUCGACUCGUUCGUAUGAUGGGUGUGUCAAAACUUAGACAGCUGAGGGUUUUGAACCUCCCUAACAAUAGCAUCGGCUAUAUCGAGGGCCUGAAAGACCUGGUGCAACUUGAGUGGCUAAAUUUAUCAGGGAACAACAUCAAGGUCAUCGAGCAGUUGAACAACUGUGUAGCACUGCAACAUCUGGAUCUGUCUGACAACAACAUUUCUCACACAGGUGAUCUUUCGAAGCUCUCUGCCCUAAAGACACUUCUACUUCAUGGCAACAUCAUCACAAGUCUUCGUACAUGCCCCACCCAUUUUCCUCAGAACCUCGCUGUUCUCUCAUUGGCUGAAAACGAAAUCCGGGACCUUAGUGAGGUGUCGCACUUAGCACCUCUCAGCAACCUUGAGCAGCUGUCCAUCAUGAACAACCCGUGUGUGAUGGCUACACCCUCGGUGCCUGGAUGCGAUUAUCGCCCAUAUGUUGUGAGCUGGUGCCUCAGUUUAAAGGUGUUGGAUGGAUACGUGGUGUCACAAAAAGAAGGGCUCAAAGCAGAGUGGUUGUACAGCCAAGGAAAAGGCCGUGCAUUUCGUCCUGGACAACACAUACAGCUAAUCCAGUACCUGGCCUCAACUUGCCCCUUGACCUCCUCAUCUUCACUGCAGUCAGCUGAGGAUGCCAAGCUCGAGAGGAUUCUCAGCAAACAGAGGCAACACCAGAAACAGCUGCUCCAGGCAAGCAAUUACGAUUCCUCAAUUCCUCUUGACCAGACUCUGGAUAUGGAUGAACACUGGACCGAUCAAGGACUAAAUGAAGUGACCACAACCCAGGUCCUUAAUGGCAUCAGUCAGCCAGAAUCUUCUGAACCAGUGGUCCAGUUGAAUACUUGGAUGGCCAAUACAUCCUCAGCAUACAUCCGAAGUCCCGUUCUUGCCUCUUCUCGCGGCGAGGAAAGUCUGGUUCUAGAAGACAUACAGACUGACGAAGAGAAGCUUAACGGCAGCCUGCUUUCCUCAGAGUCCGCCUUCCUGCCUGUGAGCUCAGUCUUGCGCUCACCGUCGCCCCCUGACAGUGAAGAGGAUGAGCUUAAUGAUCCAGAUUCACUGGCUGCUUCCAAUCCAGCCCGAACUCCUCCUCAGAAGGUGGAAGCAGCAACAAGUUCUUAUUUCUUACCCAAUCAAAAUCGCUUGCAUUCAAAUGUAACAGAGCACACUGCAGAGGAUGGAGAGGACUUGCAGAUUGAUAGAAUGGUUCAUUUGCAAGCCAGUAAGGUCGCAAACACCACAGAGCUGAGGAGACCAAGUGCUAACAUGGAAGAGUGGCAUCCAGAUGCAGCAGCUGUUAAGAUCCAGGCCUGGUGGAGGGGAUACUGGACUCGACAACGGCACCCACAGGCCAAAGAGGUGCGCUGUGAGAUCCGUCUACGCCGACUCCAGGAUCACAUCGUCUACCUUACAGCAGAGCUGGAGAGAGUGCAGAAGCAGCAGCAGGAGGAGAAGUUGCAGAGGAUGAUCCAGGAAGAAGCGGUGAAAUUCCUCUGGAAACAGCUUCAGGCCAUGAUGGAGUGGCAGUGCUCAGUGAAGGAGCAACUAAGCUGUUUUUCACCGUCGCAAAGCAUCGCUGCUCUCCCCAUUCCCGCCAGCUCUGAAGUCACAGCUCCCUCUAUGCCAAGUGAGGUCUCCGUCCCCGAAUCAGGCUUCCAUUCUCCUGGUGAACAGCAGGGGGUGCUGGAAGACAGUAUGAGCAGCAUGGCUACAGGCGGCUCCUCAGAAACAGUGCGGACUUUGCAGCCUACGAGCUCGCCUGCAGCAGGGCCAGACUGGGACAGUCUGGACGGCAGCUUGCUAGAGCAGUACCUGUCCUCGGUGCAGCGUCAGGAUGAGGAGGAAGAGGAAGGAGUAGGAUGCUCUUUGUUCAUCUCUCCUUCUCACGGUUCUGAGGCAUCUUCCUAUCAAAAUGGAGUGGAUGAAAGACAAGAGAACAGUCCCCUGGAGGCAGAGUUGUGAAUGUAUCGUUAGAGCAGUCAUUAUAAAUGAGAGGGCUGCUCUGGCACUACCUCUGGAGUCUCUGUUCUCAAAGGAUUUGAGGACAUGAGCAUUUAUACUGAGAGAUGAUCAAUCACAAAUCAUCUUUUCCAGUAUCCCUGAUAUUCUUAGUACUUUUACACUGACUAACACCAUUGUUACUGAGUAACACAGAUUAGAUCUGGAAUUGGGCAUCGAAAUUCAUUUUUGUACAGAGUUAAUCUGCUGUUUUUGUGUUAAAUCUUUUUAUUUUUGUAGACGUUAAUAACUAGGUUUUUGUAUUUUUGAUUUCAUAAAGCACGACAGUUUGCCUGACACUUAAAUCUGGGGUAUAUUAUACAUAUUAUUCAUUAUAAGAUCCGAUUUACCUACUUGUAUCAUGAGCUAGCUAAACCAACACGUCCUAACUCAUUUCCUCUUGACCUUUAAUUCACUGGUUUAUCAGCCCUGAUUACAUUAUCUGCUGGAGUAGCAUGGCUAGAUCAGCUGAUUAUAGGAUCAUAAACCAGAGAAAUCACAUGGAAACUCGGGUCUGGUUUUGAAACCCACCACCUUUACACCUUUUUUUUUUUUUUUUUUUUUUAGCUUUUUGGCUGUCUGAAAUUCUGAAUGGCUUUCCAUUGAUUGUUGACAACAAAAAUAGGAUGUAAGCUUGUGGUAUUACUGCAUACAUUAUAACCAGGUGUACAUCUACAUGCGUGGAUUUUAACAGGAUUCUGUGUUUUUUGUGUUUUCUUUUUGUAUGGAAAUGAUCAAUUCUGCACUCAUCCCUGACAGAACAAGCAUAAACUUCAGCAUGUUUGCAGAAACGAACGCACUGGCGGUUGAAAUGCUUCUGCUGUAAAUAUUUGUUUGUGUAAAUGACGCUCACUACAGUAUAUCAGAUAUCUUCCUCUUUUUUUUUUGCUUGUUUUUGAGUGUUUUUGUUACUUGCAAAUCAGUUUGUCCUCUUUUUACACUAUUUAUUUUUCUAACCAUGUUUUGUGAACGCACUUAUUACGAAUAAAACGUGUUGAAAAGCC